GUCCAAUCCCCAGCAUAAUCCAUUCAACAACAUGCCAAAGAAUACAUUAUAUGUCACUGGAUUUUCCAGAGAAUCAAAGGCUGCCGAUUUAGCACCAGAUUUUGAAAAAUUUGGUGAAUUAGUCAGAUUAGAUAUUCCUCCUCCAAGAACAGAUGAUGGUCAAAAGUAUGCAUUUGUCGAAUACAAAGAUGCCGAAAGUUGUGAAAAGGCGUUAGAAUUGGACGGAAAAACCUUGCCCUACUCCUUGAAAGAUGGAUUAGUCGUUCAGAUCGCCAGAUCCGAUCCUUAUAGUGUCAGAAGUCGAGGUGGAUUCCGAGGCGGCCGUGGUGGCUACGGUUACGGUGGUGCUCCAAGAGGAGGAUACCGUGGCGGAUACGACCGCGGUUAUGGCUAUGAUGAUGACCGUUAUGCCCACCGUGGUCCUCCACGCGGCGGUUUCCGUGGAGAUAAUGGAUAUAGAGGUGGAUAUGGAGGAUUCCGUGGCGAAGACCGUGGUUAUGGUGGUGGCCGUGGUGGAUACGGAGGUUACCGUGGCGACGACCGUUCUUACCGUGGUGGCCGUGGUGGAUAUGGUGGUGAUCGUGAUUUCCGUACCCGUGGUCCUACCUAUGACAACAGAGGUGACAGAUAUAGAGAUGAACGUGAAGGCAGAGGUGAAGAACGUCGUGGAUCUGACGGAGGAAGAGGAGGUGAUGACUAUGGCCGAGGUAAAUACUCUAGAUCUCCUUCCCGAUCUCCAUCCAGAAGAGAAAGAUCUAGAUCCCCAGAACGUUACUAAGGAAGCACGCUAGUUGUUUUUGUUUUCUUUUUACGAUUCAUAAAAGCAAAAAAGUUUCUAGAAACAACCCCUUAGAAAUAGAAAAAUAUAUAUAUAUAUAUAUACAUAAUUCUAGAAUCGCGUUGUAUAUUU